AGAGAAGGUGGGUACGCAAGGGCCUGCGCAAGGGGGCCUAGCCCUGCUUAGCGCCUGCGAUCACGCCGCUGCUAUGACUGGACUGCUGUUGUUACUCUCUGGGUAAACUGAGGCCCAAAGAGAAGCCGGAGCCGAGCUCGAGCCGGAGCCCAGCCCCAGGCGACCCCCCAGCCCGAGCGGAGCGCAGCCUCCCAGCCGCGCAGCGCAGCGCCGCGCCCCCAGCCACCCUCCGUACUUCUCUCGGCCCCGCGUUCGCCCCCGCGGCCCCUCCGCCCAAUGAAACUGGCCGCGAUGAUCAAAAAGAUGUGCCCGAGCGACUCGGAGCUGAGUAUCCCGGCCAAGAACUGCUACCGCAUGGUCAUCCUCGGCUCGUCCAAGGUGGGCAAGACAGCCAUCGUGUCGCGCUUCCUCACGGGCCGCUUCGAGGACGCCUACACGCCCACCAUCGAGGACUUCCACCGCAAGUUCUACUCCAUCCGCGGCGAAGUCUACCAGCUCGACAUCCUCGACACGUCCGGCAACCACCCGUUCCCCGCCAUGCGGCGCCUCUCCAUCCUCACUGGAGACGUGUUCAUCUUGGUGUUCAGCCUGGACAACCGCGACUCUUUCGAGGAGGUGCAGAGGCUCAAGCAGCAGAUCCUCGACACCAAGGCCUGUCUCAAGAACAAAACCAAGGAGAACGUGGACGUGCCGCUGGUCAUCUGCGGCAACAAGGGUGAUCGGGACUUCUACCGCGAGGUGGAGCAGCGCGAGAUCGCGCAGCUGGUGGGCGACGACCCCCAGCGCUGCGCCUACUUUGAGAUCUCGGCCAAGAAGAACAGCAGCCUGGACCAGAUGUUCCGGGCGCUCUUCGCCAUGGCCAAGCUGCCCAGCGAGAUGAGCCCGGACCUGCACCGCAAGGUGUCGGUGCAGUACUGCGACGUGCUGCACAAGAAGGCGCUGCGGAACAAGAAGCUAUUGCGAGCCGGCAGCGGCGGCGGGGACCCGGGCGACGCCUUCGGCAUCGUGGCGCCCUUCGCCCGCCGGCCCAGCGUGCACAGCGACCUCAUGUACAUCCGUGAGAAGGCCAGCGGCGGCAGCCAGGCCAAGGACAAGGAGCGCUGCGUCAUCAGCUAGGAGCCCCCGGCCCCCCCCCCCCCCCACCCCCCCCCCCCCGCGUCGGUGACCGAACUUGAGGAGGACCUUUUUGUUUCAAAGUCACGUCCGGGCCAGCUCGUGCGCCCCGGGGCCGCGUGCGCGCGGACUAGCGUCUUCCCUCCCCGCGGCCCUGGGCCCGCGCACACUGGGGAGGCACUAACGAAGAAGGGACAGUCAUCUGCUCUGGAAGGAAAGAGAACUGGACGAGACUGGGACUCCCUCCCUUCCCCGCAGGCACCUGCCACUCCCGCGACAGGGGGUCGAUCACAGGCCGGCGGAGGGUGAAUUUGUCUUGUUUCUGACAAAGACAAGAACGGGGGUGGGGGGAGUGAGUUAACCCCUGUUGGGCUUUGAGAAACCUGUCCUGCCCCCUGGAGGGUCAAGACCGGACACCUGGGGCAUUAUCUUGUCUGUGAUCCUGGGUUGCCAUGACAGCUACUGAAAGCCUCUGCCCUCCCAAAACUUAAGGAGGUGCUGGUCAGAUCAUAGCCAAGUGACUUGUUUACACGAGUGUGUGAAAUUGCACAAAGGAAAACAAAACACACACCUUGCACUUUAAAAGUUCUGAUGUCAUCGUGGACAUGAACAAAAUCUUACCCAGCCGUUUGUACCGUGUGUGUGUGUGUGUGUGACCGUCCUUAAAGUUAUUGUUACUGUUUUUAUAAAAUAAAAUAAUUUAAAACAGAUA